UCCUCGGCCAAAGGCUAAAGAAUGAAAUCUUUUGCGCCAACGAUCUUUCAACAUCUCGAAAGUCCGUGUUACUUUUUCACUCCUCGGAUUUUUCUUGGGAUGGUUCUUCUGGGCUUUUAGCCUUCCUGGCUUUGCUUUCUUUGAUUCUUUCACGGCGCCCGCUGCUGCUACUCCACUUUCAGCUUUAUUCAUCCGGAUCUUCCAAUGGAUCCUCCGUCACCCAUGGAAGGCCACGUGGUGGUCAUGCCCUACCCAGGCCGAGGCCACAUCAACCCCUUGAUGCAUCUCUGCAACAUCCUCUUGUCCAAGAACAGCCACAUCCUCUUCACCUUCGUCGUCACCGAAGAAUGGCACGGCUUCAUUGGAUCCGACCCGAUGCCCCGCAACAUCCGGCUCAGGACCAUACCCAAUGUCAUCCCCUCCGAGCGCGGUCGUGGAAACGACAUGGUCGCCUUCCUUGACGCUGUCAUGACCAAGAUGGAGGCUCCGUUUGAACACCUACUGGAUCGGCUCCACCCACCGCCGACGUGCAUCGUACACGACAGCUACUUGUUCUGGGUGGUCGGCGUCGGCAUCCGCAGGAAUAUUCCAGUAGCGUCUUUUUUCCCCAUGUCGGCGUCGUUCUUCUCCGUCAUCUGCCAUUAUCGUCUUUUCGAGCAAAACGGACACUACCCUGUCAAUUUGUCGGAAAAUGGCGAUGAACGUGUGGAUUACAUUCCAGGGCUUUCCUCAACACGUUUGGCGGAUUUUCCACUCAAUGAUGGCAGUUGGCAAAGCCGGAAAAUGUUGCACUGGGUUCAUAAAGUCGCUCAAUGGGCGCUCAAAGCUCAGUAUCUGCUGUUCCCUUCUAUUCUCGAGCUUGAAUCUCAGGUCAUCCAUGCCCUAAAAGCAGUUUCUUCGAUCCCAAUUUACACCAUUGGCCCCGUUAUACCUUAUCUCACUCUUAAACACAAUCCCUCUUCAAGCAUCGCCAACCAUGAUAGUGACCACAGCUACAUCAAGUGGCUGGACAGCCAACCCUCUGGUUCUGUCCUGUACAUCUCUCAGGGCAGCUUUCUCUCUGCCUCAACGGCUCAGCUUGAAGAAAUCGUUGCUGGUUUGCGAGCUAGUGGGGUUCGAUUCCUGUGGAUAGCGCGAGAAGAGAGUUUGAAGUUGAAUGAGACUUGUGGGGAUCUGGGUUUGGUAUUGCCAUGGUGCGACCAAUUGAGAGUACUGUCGCAUCCUGCGAUAGGAGGGUUCUGGAGUCAUUGUGGGUGGAAUUCUACAAGAGAAGGUGCCUCGUCGGGG